AUGGGGGAUUUUGGUGUUGGCCAUAAAACCAAAUCCGUGUGCCGUCCCCUGCCCGUCACGUUUCACCGCGCCUUUGACAUGGUGCAUGACCCUCUGGUGGCACUGGAGACCCUGAUUUCCCUGGGCUUUGAGAGGGUGCUGACGAGUGGCUGUGACAGCUCAGCACUGGAAGGAUUGUCCUUGAUUAAGAGGCUUGCAGAACAGGCAAAGGGCAGAAUUGUGGUGAUGCCAGGAGGUGGCAUCACGGAGCGCAACCUGCAGAGGAUUCUGGAAGGCUCCACUGCUUCCGAGUUUCACUGCUCUGCUCGCUCAGCUCGGGACUCAGGGAUGAAGUUCAGAAACCCGAACGUUGCCAUGGGAGCGUCCUUCUCUGCCCCCGAGUACUCCAUAAAGGUGGCAGACGUGGCCAAAGUGAGGACCCUGAACGCCAUUGCCAAGAACAUUCUGUAGUGGAGGGCCAAGAGCACAGAGACUCCAGAGUGUGCCCUGGCACACGGACUGAUGGGCACUGCUUCGCUCCUCAGGCUGCAGAGGAUGUGCACUAGGUGAUGAUGGAGCCUGACACCUCUUCCCUUGCCUUCCCCUCAAGUCCCUGGCCUGGAAACUUAUGUUGGCCAUUUUAAAUAAAAGGACUCAUUCCCAGAUGUUGCAGCAGCAGCAGCUGUUGGGCAGCAUUUGGGAGGAAGGGAGGUGAGCAGGUAGGGGGGCUGAAUUGUAUAGCACUGCAUGUGAUUGUCAAAUAAACACUGCAGCUGCCCCCCUCGU